CUUAGACAUAAAAUCCUUUGUGUUGAAGAACCAGUGCAUGUCUGCCAUGCAUCGCCAGUAGACCUGGAAUGCAUGCCAUCAUUAAAUACAUGCACAAAGAUGUCACUGCAAACAUGAGAAAUAAGUUGUGAUCCUCUUUGACUAAUUUAAUUCACCUUCAGAUGAAACUUUCACAAAUAUUACUGCGGACUUGUCGUGAUAGACACAAUUCUUUUGACUGAUACUAAAUGUCACAUUAUAAUGAUAUUAUUAUUCAACAUCUCCCAGAUUUGAAACUUAAGCACUUUAUUAAGCAGUCGUUCUUGGGUAAUAGCUCCAGUACACGUUUUACAUUCUUCGUAGAGAAUAUUGUCACACUUUUCAAAUAGCUUCCGACUUCUUCAUGAGAUUCUUGUAUAUGGUCCCACGACAUACGGUGCGUUUCCCUGCGAACAAGUUUGGGCUAUAACACAAAACAGAGUUCAAUGUUUCGUCUGCUCGGGGAAUUAGAGGAAUUUUAACUGGGCUAAAUGAGUUACGUGUUAUUUUGCAGCAACUGAAUGUACAUGUACAUUAUUGCACUUCCCACAAAAAAGUCUGUAUAAAAGCAGGCAUGUAUUUAAUACCGUGUAGUGCUGACAAAAGAUACUCCAAACCCUUCUAAUGUAAAUCCGCUUUGGACUAUGAUCCCACACAAAAAAAGCAAUUGAUUUCCAAUAGUUUUUCUCUAUAGUGCACAUGGAAACGGACGGGAAGCGAUGUACCGGCACUUAACAGCAUGACGGACACAUCGUCGUGGCGGUUUUCACAUGACACAUGUAUUUCUGUUGGAUAGAAAACGGUUUCGUUCCGAAAGAGUUUGUUUGGGAUGGUACAUGUACUUGCCUGAGACGGUUGCCAUAGCAGUAAACCGCGCGGCACUGGAAACCACAACCUAACCUAUCUGGUCAAAUCGGAUUUCACACUUGGCUCAAGGACACCUUGUGCUGGUACAUGCUGCUUCAGAUCUGUAGGUGUUUUGUCUCUGUUGUAUGAAACGUCAUUAAGCCUCUUAUAUCCCCAGUUAUGCCAAUGUAAAAUCUGUGUUCAAGCUUGUUGCUGCGCUGAGAAGCGAGCUGAUUCAGACAAGAUGACGGAACGCCUGAUUGAUGCAGUGUUGUCAUUGCGAUACCAGCAAAUUGAAGCAUUGCUCCGCCGUGCCGUUCCCAUCAAUGCUAAGAAUCGGCUCGGUCAAACUCCUGUCAUGGUGGCGUGUUUCAUCCCCGACGAGGACAAGAGCUACCGCAUGUUCAAAUUCCUCCUGAAGAAAGGCGCCGACAUUUUGGAGACGGACAAUAGCAGGACCAGCGUGUUUCAGCAUGCGUGCCAACAGGGUCGGGGGCGCAUCGCCCGCAAAAUUGUCAAGGAGAUGGGGGUGGCGGCCGCUGAUCUGGCCGGGACAAAUCUCAUUGGUCACUCCCCGCUUUUUGAUGCCGUGACCAGUGGCAACGUGGACCUGGUCCGGUUCAUCGUCAAACUGAUGAGAGAUCGAUCUAUGGGGGUGGACACGCCAGACAAGUCGGGUACUACCCCUCUCAUACAAGCCCACAAAAUGGGCCUCGCCGACGUGGCCGCGGUGCUGGAGAAAGAUGGUCACGCCAACCCAAGGAUUUGCGACCGCGAGCGGCACAUGAACGCCACGCAGUGGGCCGAGGAGGCUGCCCUAAGAAGACUCCGAGCCCAGGCAUUGCUAAAGGAACGCACUAGAGAACACAAAAUGAUCUAUAGUCGCUUUCCGGACCGACCUAAAGGUCACUCCUACCCCUCAGUGACCGCCAAAAAGAGUCCGUCUCUCCCGGAUAUCAGACCCCGGUGGCACAAGGGGACAAUGAACACCAAAUCAGACAUCAUUGGUGGUAAGGACUGGAACAGAGAUGCAAAGAGGAUAGCAGAGCGGAAUUCCAAUAGCUGGGUUGUUAGAAGAUCGCUGGAUCUUUCUGGCAAUCCUUCUGCAACAAGAUCGAAUUCCUCGGUCAUGAACCGGUCUGUGGACACCGCAAUGGCAAUGCUGGAUCUUGCUUCCAGAACUAGUGAGGAGAGGUACUUUGCCAAAAGCUUCGUAUCCAGCGAGUUCGACACCUCCAAGGCAAGUGAGUACGGCAAUUUAAAAUUUGCUUCGGUUGGCUCCCUGCUGACAACGUACUCUAGUCAAUUCAGCAGCAAUUUCAGAAAACCAGCCAAGCCCCCACCCGAGCCCAUUCCAGAAAUGCCGGUGUAUGAGAAGAAAUCGUCCACUCUUGCCUAUAUAAUGGGGCGUGGCCCCAAGUCCAAGCGCCGGCGAAGCUCAAAGAGAGGAUCCAGUCAUCAUCGUUACCACCAUCCCCGUGACAAACAGCUCAGCAGUAAAAACUGUACGUUGAAAGUGACGAGUAGAAGAAGCAGCGCGAGCUCAACUGACUCUGGGGUAAAAUCGAGUACUAGCAGGGGCAGUAGCGGGAGCAUGAAGAGGUCCCCCACAACCUGGACACAACCACAAGAUGAACUGCCCAACCAGGAAUUAUCAGAUGGUGACGGGCCAAGUCCGGGCUCGACCUCAAGAUCAACACGGAGCCGCAAGGUCCAUAAUGAGAGGGAGAAGGAAUCUGAUGCCGCGGGAGAAACGAGAGGAAAGUCCAAGACUUUACAACCACCCAAGCUCAGCCGGGUGCCAGAGGACGAUCAGGUCGGGGAGCGGCAAGUCUUGCAUAGACUUAAUCCCCGAGAUUCCUUGCCUGACAUACGAGUCACUGUUCCGUCAGUUUAGCAUGGAAAUAACCCAUACUAAAGAUUUGAUUGAAUUCUGAAAUAUUAUUUAUUUGGAUAUUCCCAGAUGAAUCACACUCAAGAUUUUGCACAAAAGUCUGAAACUAGGAAGAAAGGAAACCCAAAACGAAUGCCAAAAUGUUCAUCAUCUUCAGCAUUCCUGUUGGGACUCAGAUACAUGUACACGUUUUGCUUACUGGAGGAGGAAAGUUUCGGAAGAUUGGUUUAAAAAUCUGAAAGGUAAAGAGGAGUUUGAUUAAAGGAUGCUAUGGGACAGGAUGCGUCAGUUCAAUUAAUAAUUCUGAAUAAUCUUCGCAUUCUUUCAAAUCAAACUUUGUGUUUUUCAAAAGAAUUUAUUCGAGUGUUACAUUGCCAGUGUGACGUUUCUACAGUGAGGAAAAUCUACAAUAUCACGCAUGACAGACACUUAAUUGUGAAAAAAAUCCUCAAAGAGGCAAAACAUUUUUGUUUUUCAACACUCUCCCUCGAUGUUCGACAUUUCAGCCAUCUUGGUUUUGCAGUUUCCCGUGUCUCUUGGCCUAACAUCCCAGGGCAAAAGUGUUAUCAACAUACAAAAUGCAACAUGGAGCAUUUGUGCCAUUCUUGCCCAGUCAUGAUUCAAAAUUUUCAUUGGUAAAUUUAUUUCAAAUGGAGUUAUGGAUUAUUUUAAGUCACUGGUUUUGACCGUGCCAAAUCAAACACGAUUAAAGUGAUGUUACAUACACUAAAUUUCGAAAGUUAGGGCUGCUACAGUAUAUAGGGCCUACACGAAGCGUGGGUGCAUAAGGCUAUCCCUCCGGUCCAUGACGUUUUUGUUUUUGACAACUUGAUUUUCCAUGCUGAACAGGUCGUCCGAUAUACUCGACUGCUGGCAAUAUUUUUUUAUUAUAAGAGAUCAUUUCAUCGCAUUACAGUUUACAUGUAUUGUUUUCGAUAUAAUACGCUUACGAGGUGCUGGUUAAUAAUGCAUUGAUAUUAAAGAUUCGUAGUAUUCAGAUGACACGGAGAGCAGGACGGUGAUAUGAUAUUAUCGUCUUAUCAAUCAGUCAACUUAUUCAAAAGGGCUACUUCGUAAUCAAUCACAUACCUAUUAAUCAUUGACUUCUGCGGGCUCGGAAAGAAUGUCGAUGAAAUUAAACUUCACGACUUUGGAA